ACGAUCCCCUCUCUCUUGGUCACGUCAGAUUUUUGAGAUUUCAUAUUGCAGCUGAUAUUGUAAAUGAAAUGUUGACAACAAUAGAAGGUAGAAAUGGAACAUCGGCCCCGCCCCACGUUACUUCCCUGUGCACAGUGUUGUGUCAUGCACCUGUGCGCGUGGCUGACAGACCGGAGCUAGUGUGAGGACCAGCAGACAUGGAUGAAAAGGCACGCUCAAAGAGCACCAUUUUCAUAAGGCUCAAUCCGUCUGAAUGUGAACACUUGAAACCUCUUUCUGUGUAUUCAAAGAUGAUCACAGGUGACCAAAAAGCCAGUCUGGAUGAGCCAAGAAAGUUUUCAAAUCCAUUUAUAAACUUUAAAAUUGAAGUAGUGAACAACUGUGUGAAAAAAAGGAAAUUAGAACAUUCCAGUCCCGAUGAUGGUUAUGAGUCUCCAGCCAAAAGGUCCUUUAGUCCAGAGGCUUUGUCCCCAGACCUUGGGUGCUUCGUGGAUGACUACAGCCCCCCUGGAAGACCGGACUCAGGCAUCUCUGCAUCAAUAGAGAAGACAGAUGCUCUUAGGAGUGAAAUAAAAGAAACUGUGAACUCUAAGCUAUGCUCUGAACAUGUGGGUUGUGGGACCUCAACAGAGCCAAAGGGUUAUAAGGGGACCAAGCCACGCAGUUUUAAGCAUGAGGAGGUGGUCUUAAAUCUGGCACCUGCUUUUGACGGUGACGUUGACGACAUGUUGUGUCUCAAUCCUGUUGGCACUCAUUCUGCUGGAGGAUUUUCUAAAAAUGUAAAGAGCUGCAAGAGUAGCAGCCUAUUUCAAAAUAACCCAGUCUUAAUUUCCACUGUGGCACAUGGACGAGAAUUGGAAAGACGAGAUGGGCAAGUGGACGAAGAACGAGCGGGGCUGAAGAAAGAGAUGCAUCUAAAUGCAAAAGAUGAGGAAGCAGACAAGGGUUAUUUCUCCAUGUCCUAUAUUAAGGACCCUAAAACAGGGAAGAGCCCCCGUCAGCUGUCCACAGCUGCCUUUAGCUCCCUGCACAGGAUAGGUGAGGUUGAGGGGCCACAGGAUGAAUACCAUCCUGAAAGUUCAUCUGAACAAGCUAUGCUGUGUGAACAGCACAAUUCUUUCCCAGAGAGUGAUUUGUCUCCAAUUGUUAGUGGACCACUGGAGUCUGUGAACUCAGAUUCCUUAGAUGGUGAUGUUGACGAUAUGUGGAAGAUCGGACCCCCGAUAUUUGAAUCAUCGUUGUGCCACAGCGUCGCAGUGAAGUUAAAUGCUGAUAGUGAGAAAAGUAGACAGGUGACAGAGGAGGUGCGCGCAGAUGUGAUGGAGCCUAUCGAUGUGUGUCACACCACACACGGUGGGGAGGAAGCCACUUUAGACUCCAGUUAUGAAACCACCUUACCUCUCCAAGUACGGGUGAAAUCAGUUGUGAUGGUUCCCAACCAGCACACCACCAGUAAACCAGGGGCAUUUGCUCUGCCAGAUCAGAAGGCUAAACCUACCAGGCUAAAACCGUAUGAGAGAGUUUCCCAGAGUGUUGAAUGUGUCCGCAGGAGUCAAAGGCCGACGAUGUUUGACACAAAGGUGGACUGGGAACAUGGAAGAAGGAGUUAUGUUCAUGCUGUCACCAGACACAUGACUGAGAAACCAGGAACAGCCAAAGAUGUCAUGUCUGAGCUGUUAAACCUGAUGACCCAUGUGGCGGACCAGAGCGCCAACCUCAGAGAGAGACAGUGGCAGCAUCCAUCGGACCUUACAAAAAGGAAUUAUCAGAGACGAUGGGGCAAUAUCACUCCGACAAUCUCUCUGGAUGAAUGGCAGGCAAAGAACUGUACAGCCCAUAAACGAUUUGCACAGGUCCCAAAGAUUUUUGAGAGGAGUCCAUUUCCUUAAAUUUGAACUUGCACUUAACCUUGAAAGAAUUAAACUGAUUGGCUGAGUCCUAAUACUUAUACAUAUGUAUGUGUGUGUGUGUGUGUGUUUGUGUGUGUGUGUGUAUAUAUAUAUAUAUAUAUAUA